UUUUUUUUUUAUUUUUCCCUUCCUUCCUUCUUUUUUUUUUUUUCUAUUUAUAUACAAAUUAAUUUAAUGACAACAAGUAAAAAGGAAUUUGAUCUCCUUGGCGAUGAAGUAGAUGAAGAUGGCAUAACAGAAACUUUAAGAUGUGCAUUUCAAAGUAAUGUCAUUUAUUCUCGAAUCAGUGACACUGCUAUUAUUGCUUUGAACCCAUAUAAAUCGAUGCCAUUGGAGAAUACAAGUUAUGUUGCUGAAUACAAAGAUCCGGAUGGACUUGAACCUUUACCUACACAUCUUUAUAAAAUCGUGAAUCAAGCUUAUUUACACAUGAGACGAACUGGUAUUGAUCAAUCCUUAAUACUUUGUGGUGAAUCAGGCAGUGGAAAGACAGAAAGUUUUAAACUUGCUUUAAAUCAUCUUAUUCAACUUUCUUCUCAUAAAAAAGAAAGUAAACUUCAAGCUCAAAUAACAAAUGUUCAAAUAAUUCUUGAAGCCUUCGGUAACUGUGCCACCUCAGUCAAUACAAAUGCAUCUAGAUUUGGCAAGUAUAUGGAAUUACAAUUUAAUGAGCGCGGACGUAUGGUAGGCACUAAAAUCCUUAAUUAUUUAUUGGAUAAAUCAAGAAUGAUCCAGGCUGUUAGUCGAGAACAGACCUUUCAUAUCUUUUAUCAACUAUUCGCUGGAUGUACAAAUGAAGAAAAGGCAAUGUUACAAUUAAAUGAUGAGGUCAUGUAUCGAUAUAUUCCUCGUAUUAAAGCUGCAAAUGGCUCAGAAGCAAAUCAAUUUCGUGAUUUGAAACAAGCUAUGCGAGUUUUAGGCAUCAACAAAAAAUAUCAAGCUCGUAUUUGGCAAUUACUAGCUUGUCUUUUGCAUUUAGGUCAGUUAGAGUUUUUGGAUCAAGCAGAUGAUUUAAAUGGUGGGGCUAUCAUAGCUAAAAAUACGAGACCUACUUUGGAUCUUUGUGCUGACUUCUUAGGUGUUGACCCCUUGGGGUUGGAAACAGUUUUAACUUAUAAAACUCAAUUAAUAAAGAAGGAUAUAACGACUAUCAUAUUAGAUUCAACGGGUGCUGCUAAACAACGUGAUGAUAUCGUUCGAUCUCUUUAUUCUUUAUUAUUUACUUGGUUAGUUGAAUUCAUGAAUAAUAAGUUAUAUCAACAAGGUGAUAAUUUUAAUUUUAUUGGCCUUUUGGAUUUUCCUGGUCCUUAUUAUCAUCAAGAUACUCAACAUUUUUAUGGCUUUUGUAUUAAUUUUGCUAAUGAACGGUUACAUCACUUUUGUCAGCGAACUAUCUUUGAAAUGGAUCUGGAUGAAUACCGUCAGGAAGGUAUUAUGUUUACCGAUAUUCCUUACUUUAGUAAUCAAGCCUGUGUUGAACUUUUAAUGCGUCCAAAACAGGGUCUUGUUGAUAUUAUCAAUCAACAUACCUCCAAAAUGAAAACUUCCUCGGAUACUUCUAACAGUACUAUCCUAUCUUCUAUGGUUGCUUCUUUCUCUAAAUAUAAUACCAAUCAUGCCUCAUUUAAACAAUUAGACCCAAAGCAACGUCUUUUCGCUAUUCAACAUUUCUCUGGUCAAGCUGUCUAUAGUCCGGAUGACUUUUUACAAUCUAACUGGGAUAUUCUGAAUCCUGAUCUUGUACAGCUUAUCCGUGGUGUAGACAAUGAAAUUAGCUCCUACAAUAGCUUUUUAGUGGAAAUCUUUGGUCAAGGUACAAAUAUGAUUCAAAUUGAACAUCAUCCUAAACAGAGUAAUGCAAUCUUGAACGCACAACAACCAACCGGUCCUGUUCGUGGUCCCUCAAUGCGUCGUUCCAAAUCUACAAAACUGAAACGUACUACAUUAGAUCCUAUCAACAAAGAAGUGAUCGAUAAGUCAAAAUCAGGUGUCAGAAUGGUAUUAUCUCAGUUGAAGCAAAAUAUGGAUGAUUUAUUUAUUAAAACAUUGGAGGAGACAGUAUCAUGGUUUGUCUUUUGUAUUAAGCCUAAUGAUCAUGCAGCCCCAAAUCAAUUUGAUACAAUGAGGGUUAAACAACAAAUUCGUGCUGCUGGAUUACCUCAAAUAGCACAAAGACUUCAAACACAAUAUGCAAAUGUGAUGUUCCAAGAUGAAUUUAUGAUAAGAUAUAAAGAUGUUGUCUUUAGUCCAAAAGGAUACUUGGAAAAGGCAACCAUAUCACAAAAUACGAGAGAACAAUGUCAAAUAAUAAUCAAUUGUUUUGGAUGGACUGUAGAUCAAGUUGCAUUAGGCACCACGAAGAUCUUUUUGAAAGAAUCAGUUUGGCUAAAUUUGGAAGAUAUGAUGAGAGUCUCGGAAAAAGCAGAACAAAGACGUUUAAGAGAUGAAAAAAGAGUAAAUGAAAAUAUGGCUACUUUAGCUGCACCUGUUAUGAAUAUGGAUGGUGGAGAUCAUAGUUUUGAAACCAUUUCUAAUAUGUCCUAUGGUUCGAAUACAGAUUUUUUGUUAUUACCUGAAAAUCAGCAACAAAGACAUCAUCCACAUACACAUUAUGAUGCUGCAGCAGCAGCAGCAGCAGCAGUAGUUGCUGCAAACACAGCGGGACUUCCUUUACCUCCAUCUGUUUAUACGGAUGAUCAACGCUCCUUUUUAUCGGAUGAUGAAUUCCAACACAAUCAUUCUAAUAACAAUAAUUAUUAUCAUGAUACGGAUUCACAGUAUGGCACAUCAUCUGAUAUUUAUGGUGCUUCACAAACCAACUUGGAACUGAGACAAAUUAUGCUUCCAACAACGGAUCCUAUAGAGAUUGAAAAACCUAGUCUAGACAAAGAUGAUAAUGAUGAAGAAGCAACAAAGGUCAGUCGAGUUCGUCGGCAUUGGCUUAAUUUUGUUUGGUUUAUGACUUGGUGGAUCCCAACUUCUUUUUUAUCUUUUUGCGGCAAAAUGAAACGACCUGAUAUACAAAUUGCAUGGCGAGAAAAAAUGACACUAUGUAUGUGUAUCUUUUUGACUUCAGGUUUUAUUAUAUGGUUCCUUGUUUUCUUUGGUUCAUUGGUUUGCCCACAUCAAGAUGUGUUUUCAACUUCAGAAUUACAAAGUCAUUCAGAUGACAGUAAUGCUUAUGUUGCUAUUCGUGGUGAGGUCUUUGAUUUGACCAAGUUUGCUCCGCAUCAUUGGGCCACUCAAGUGAUACCUACGAGUGCUAUUCUUCAAUAUGGAGGCAAGGAUGCUUCUUCAUUAUUCCCUGUUCAAGUAUCUGCACUGUGUGAGGGCGUCACGGGUACUGUGUCGCCUUAUGUUUCGCUCGACUUUAAUACUAAUCUUACUGAUACAAAUGCACAAUAUCAUAAUUUUUUGCCCAACAGUGGAGAUCCUCGUCCGGAUUGGUACUUUCAACAAAUGUCCUAUUUACGCAAAAACUAUAAGCUAGGCACGAUGGGAUAUACACCUAAGGAUAUUGCAACGCAGGCAACUAACCCUGUUGAUAUGUCUGGUAUAAAGACUACACGACAAUGGGCCAUCCUUAAUCAUAACGUCUAUGAUUUAACAUACUAUAUCUUGGGUGGUCGUCGAUUUGAGUUACCUGAGGGGGUUGCAGCACCUGAUGCAGGUGAGCUCAAUUUUUUGGACACAGCUAUUGUAACUCUCUUUAGUCAAAAGGCGGGUCAAGAUAUUACAGCUAGUUGGAACGCAUUACCUUUAGAUCCAGCUGUCAAAUCACGUCAAAUGGUUUGUCUUCGUAAUCUCUACCAUGUAGGCACUGUCGAUGAACGUAACUCUGCACGUUGUCUCUUUGCAGAAUAUCUUUUGUUGAUCGUCACUGUCUUCCUUUGUAUGGUUAUUUUAUUCAAGUUUUUAGCAGCUUUACAAUUUAGAACUCGACGUGAACCUGAAAAGCACGAAAAGUUUGUGAUCUGUCAAGUGCCCUGUUAUACGGAAGGUGAAGAGGAGCUUCGUAAAACGAUUGACUCUAUUAGUUCUCUUCAAUACGAUGAUAAACGUAAGUUGCUGUUUAUCAUUUGUGAUGGCAUGAUUGUUGGUGGCGGUAACGAUCGUCCAACCCCCCGUAUCGUUCUUGAUAUCUUGGGUGUCGAUCCAAAUAUCGAUCCAGAGCCCUUGUCCUUCUUUUCUGUUGGUGAAGGACAAAAGCAGCAUAACAUGGGCAAGAUUUAUUCCGGGCUUUACGAAUGUCGUGGUCAUGUCGUACCUUAUAUUGUUGUCUCUAAAGUUGGAAAGCCAUCUGAGCGUCAGAAGCCAGGUAAUCGUGGUAAGCGAGAUAGUCAAUUGAUCCUGAUGAAUUUCUUAAACAAAGUGCAUUUUGGUUCCCCUAUGACACCCUUUGAGCUUGAAUUGUACCAUCAAAUCAAGAAUGUCAUUGGCGUAAACCCUUCCUUUUACGAAUAUGUAUUAAUGGUGGAUGCGGAUACAGAGGUUAUGCCGGAUGGUCUUAAUAGAAUGAUUUCUGUCUUCGCACACGAUGCUAAAAUUAUUGGGCUAUGUGGCGAGACGGUGUUGUCAAACGAAAAGGAUAGUUGGGUCACUAUGAUUCAAGUGUAUGAAUAUUUUAUUUCGCAUUAUAUGAUCAAGGCAUUCGAAAGUCUGUUCGGGUCUGUGACAUGUUUACCAGGCUGCUUCUGUAUGUAUCGUGUAAGGUCCCCACAAAAGAAUCAACCUUUAUUAGUCUCGAAUGCGAUUAUCGAGGAGUAUUCGAUUAAUAAGGUUGAUACAUUACACAAGAAAAACUUAUUACAUUUGGGUGAAGAUCGUUACUUGACAACCCUCAUACUGAAGCAUUUUCCAAAUCACAAGACCAAAUUUGUAUCUGACGCCAAGUGUGCUACAAAUGCCCCUGAUCGAUGGUCUGUCCUACUCUCGCAACGUCGUCGUUGGAUUAAUUCUACAAUUCAUAACCUUGGUGAGCUCGUUUUCUUACCUCAACUCUGUGGCUUUUGUUGUUUCUCGAUGCGAUUUGUUGUCAUGCUUGAUCUCUUGAGUACGCUUGUGCAGCCUGCGAUUGUUGGCUAUUUGAUCUAUCUCAUCUAUAUGCUAGUGACAUCGACAUCGGGUGUCCCAAUUAUGUCUAUCAUUACUAUUGCUGGUGUGUAUGGUCUUCAAGCUAUUAUCUUUUUGCUGCAUCGUAAAUGGGAACAUAUUAUAUGGAUGAUUGUCUCCAUCUUUGCUAUCCCUGUCUUUUCCUUUAUGAUUCCAAUUUAUGCUUAUUGGCACUUUGAUGAUUUCUCGUGGGGGAAUACGCGUGUCGUAUUGGGUGAAAAGGGAACAAAGAAAGUUGUAGCGGCUGAUGAGGGUAAAUUCGAUCCUAGUUCUAUCCCUGUUAUGACUUGGGAGGAAUAUGAACAGCAAAUGAUGUAUUUUGAUGACGGAGGAUAUGACAAUGCAUCAGUAGGCUCAGGAUAUAGCCAAGGAAGUUAUUACAGUCAACAAAGUUAUCAGAAAAAAAUGAUGAUGCAACAACAGCCAUUAAGAGGUACUACUAUGUCACCGGCGUUUCAGCGUUUACCCCCUUAUCAAUCACCAACACCGGGAUACUCAACACCACCGUCAAUGAUGGGAUAUUAUCAUGACAACAGCAGUAGACCUCAAUCUCCUUUCCAUUAGACAAUUUUAUAUACCUCAUAUAUAGUCAAUAUACAUAUUUGUAUAUGUUAUGAAUUAAAUUAAGUUAAAAAAAAUAGCUUUGUUAUUUAUUUUUAUUAAAUUUGAAAUCAUAUUUUAUAUUAUAUACCAAUUAUAUUUGAAGAUUAGUAUAAAAGAAUUGAUUCAAGGCGU